AUGGCUGAUGCCAGGCAAUUCAACAAUACAGUGUCUCUUCGACUCAAUCGUGUUUUCUUAUCCGCCAACCCCCUCAACAUAGAGGUCUUCCGCAACAUUGCUUCACACGACAAGUUCCGCCAUAAGGUCAACGCGAUUAUCUGGGAUGAGGCGCGCUUGCAUCGGGGUCCAGCACGAUCAGCUGAAAUUAAUGAGGGACAUGAAUUGCUCUCGGACGAGGAUGAACCCGAUGAUAACAGAGAAUGGGCUGCGGAAUACCACCCGGAAUACAGAGAGGACAUCAUUGAGCGCCAUAAUUAUGAAGAGGGAGAUCUGUGUCCCAGAUGGUUCAAAAACGCUUGUGAAGAAACACUUCACGUUCUAAAACGCCGGGAAGACCGUGGUGUGGACAGGCCCGACCAUACCGCGCGCAAAGAACAGGUUCUCGCUCAGCCUUUAAUGGGGGAGCUCUGGCAACAUUAUCAGCGGUUGCUGCGUCAACAGAAGGAUGUUCUUGCCUGUCAGAGUGACCUGGAAGCGUUCGCGUUCGACGUUAAGCAGUUUCCUGCCCUCAAGAGAGUUACCAUCACACCUGCAGCUCACGGCAACCUCAUCACCCCGCUUUACGAGACCCCUAUGAUUCGUGCUUUCCCGGCAGGGUUUAACUACUCCAUUCCUCGUGGUUGGCUGUACCCUAGAGCCCUUGGGGGGUCCCCUACUGCAUAUGCAUGGAAUCAAUACCCAGAACUUAGGGAUCGGUACCGCGGCUUCCGCACGGCAAUGCGUGUCCUCGCCAACGAACCCAACUUUGUUUCUGAGCUGGUGAUGACCGCCAACUCUGUCCCUACGGGAAUCAACUGUGCAAUCUGCGAUGAGCCCUGCGAAGAGUACAAUCAUUUCGCUACCGUGCUUAAGAAUCCGGGCUUCCGCCAUCUGGAUAUUGCCUUGCUUGUCAGUGGUCAAAUUGAGGAAGACUUCGAAAGCAUUGUGCCUGUGGAACAAUGGUCGAAACUGCGCCAUUUCGAACUCUCCGGCUUCGUUAUCUCACAGAAAGAUUGUGUCUCUUUCCUCAAAACGCUACCAAAAUCCGUUCGCUCCAUUGAACUUAGUCUGCUGCACUUCCUCGAUGAGAGCUGGUAUAGUAUGCUGGAAGAAAUCAGGCGAAUGGUAUCGGAGAGCACGCUGUGGGGAGACCGGGAUGCGGGAUCAAGACCCAAAAUUACCAUCGGCGUGCCAAUCGUGCAGGGGAGCCCUACAUAUGGACACGGUAUAUGGGUUGAAAAGGAGGUAGAGGAUUUCAUCUACGGUGAAGGAGGAAAUCCCUUUGAGGAACGUUACUUUCCCAGUGAAAUCCACCUUGGACUUGGUGUGAUGAGGGAUGCAUUGGGGCCCGAUUUUGAACGGCCACAUGACCGAUGGAUACUUUGA